AGUCCGCCAUCACCGAGCGCAACCAGCGGGGUAGAGCAGCGAGUGGAGACGAUAACCGCCCGGAGAGGGACGCAGACCUGCGGAGUGGCUCUCCCACCCUCACGCUUCCCGAAACUAUUAUUUCAUGUUAAUACAGAGACCGCAGACUAACUAAACAUGUCCAACCUCAGUAAAGGCGGUACCAAGAAGGACACCAAGAUGAGGAUACGGGCUUUUCCUAUGACCAUGGAUGAGAAGUAUGUGAACAACAUCUGGGACCUUCUGAAGAACGCCAUCCAGGAGAUCCAGCGCAAGAACAACAGUGGCCUGAGCUUUGAGGAGCUGUACCGGAACGCCUACACCAUGGUGCUGCACAAGCACGGCGAAAAGCUCUACACCGGCCUGAGAGAAGUGGUUACUGAGCAUCUCAUCAAUAAAGUACGUGAAGAUGUGCUUAAUUCUUUAAAUAAUAAUUUUCUGCAAACGUUGAACCAAGCGUGGAACGACCACCAGACUGCCAUGGUUAUGAUCAGAGACAUAUUGAUGUACAUGGACCGGGUGUACGUGCAGCAGAACAACGUGGAGAACGUGUAUAACCUGGGCCUGAUCAUCUUCAGAGACCAGGUGGUGCGGUACGGCUGCAUCCGGGACCACCUGCGCCUCACCCUGCUGGACAUGAUCGCCCGCGAGAGGAAGGGGGAGGUGGUGGACAGGGGGGCUGUGCGGAACGCCUGUCAGAUGCUGAUGAUUCUGGGCCUGGAGGGAAGGUCGGUUUAUGAAGAAGACUUUGAGGCUCCAUUUUUAGAAAUGUCUGCCGAGUUCUUCCAGAUGGAGAGUCAGAAGUUCCUGGCGGAGAACAGCGCGAGCGUGUACAUUAAGAAGGUGGAGGCGCGGAUUAACGAGGAGAUGGAGCGCGUGAUGCACUGCCUGGACAAGUCCACAGAGGAGCCCAUCGUGAAGGUGGUGGAGCGGGAGCUCAUCUCCAAGCACAUGAAGACCAUCGUGGAGAUGGAGAACUCCGGCCUUGUGCACAUGCUCAAAAACGGCAAGACUGAAGACCUGGCCUGUAUGUACAAGCUGUUCAGCCGUGUGCCUAACGGGCUGAAGACCAUGUGUGAGUGCAUGAGCUCGUACCUGCGGGAGCAGGGCAAGGCUCUGGUGUCUGAGGAGGGCGAGGGCAAGAACCCCGUGGACUACAUCCAGGGCCUGCUAGAUCUGAAGAGCCGCUUUGACCGGUUCCUGCAGGAGUCCUUUAAUAACGACCGGCUGUUCAAGCAGACCAUCGCUGGAGACUUUGAGUACUUCCUCAACCUCAACUCCCGCUCGCCCGAGUACCUCUCGCUCUUCAUCGACGACAAGCUAAAGAAGGGAGUCAAAGGACUGACGGAGCAGGAGGUGGAGUCGAUCCUGGACAAGGCGAUGGUGCUGUUCCGCUUCAUGCAGGAGAAGGACGUGUUCGAGCGCUACUACAAGCAGCACCUGGCCCGCCGCCUCCUCACCAACAAGAGCGUGUCGGACGACUCCGAGAAGAACAUGAUCUCCAAGCUGAAGACGGAGUGCGGCUGCCAGUUCACCUCAAAACUGGAGGGAAUGUUCCGGGACAUGAGCAUCUCAAACACCACCAUGGACGAGUUCCGCCAGCACCUGCAGUCCACCGGGCAGUCUUUAGGGGGCGUCGACCUGACUGUGCGCGUGCUGACCACUGGGUACUGGCCCACCCAGUCGGCCACGCCCAAGUGCAACAUCCCGCCCUCCCCUCGCCACGCCUUUGAGGUCUUCAGAAGGUUCUACUUGGCGAAGCACAGCGGAAGGCAGCUGACCCUGCAGCACCACAUGGGCUCCGCCGAUCUCAACGCCACCUUCUACGGGCCAAUCAAAAAGGAGGACGGCUCGGAGGUGGGAGUGGGCGGGGCCCAGGUGACGGGCUCUAACACCAGGAAGCACAUCCUGCAGGUGUCCACCUUUCAGAUGACCAUCCUCAUGCUCUUCAAUAACAGGGACAAGUCCACCUUCGAGGAGAUCCAGCAGGAGACAGACAUCCCGGAGCGGGAGCUGGUGCGGGCGCUGCAGUCUCUGGCGUGUGGGAAACCCACGCAGCGCGUGCUCACCAAGGAGCCCAAGUCCAAGGAGAUGGAGAACGGGCACGUCUUCACCGUCAACGACCAGUUCACCUCCAAACUGCACCGCGUGAAGAUCCAGACCGUGGCUGCCCGGCAGGGCGAGUCGGACCCCGAGCGCAAGGAGACGAGGCAGAAGGUGGACGACGACCGCAAGCACGAGAUCGAGGCGGCCAUCGUGCGCAUCAUGAAGUCCCGCAAGAAGAUGCAGCACAACGUCCUGGUAGCAGAGGUGACCCAGCAGCUGCGUGCCCGGUUCCUGCCCAGCCCUGUGGUGAUAAAGAAGCGCAUCGAAGGACUGAUCGAGCGCGAGUAUCUGGCGCGGACGCCUGAGGACCGGAAAGUGUACACCUACGUGGCGUAGGACCGCCGCGGGAGAACACCCCCUUCCGGACUAUGUUAUGCGCAUGAACUUGGAAGUUCCUUUUAACUACAAAUACUGGGAAACUGAUUUUUACCUCCAUAAAGAAAUAGAAAAUAACAACAAAAAAAUGCAUUAAAUGUUGCCAGUGUUUAAAAUUAGGGCCUCCUCCCCCGUGCGGGUUAGAGUGGGGGUUCCGGCUGCCCCCCGCCCCGCCGUGCAGACCGCCGUGGGGAACGGAGACCGCGGCACAUGCCUGUUUAAAAAGGAAAAUGAAUAAAACUCAGCUGAGGUGAGUUGCAGGUAGAAAGCUCCUUCUGUCCCCAGUUUUUAAUGUUGCUGUCGUGUUAUGUUCGUGUUUGUGGCGCCAUGCUGGUUGUACAGGUUGGUCUUUUCUGCUUUGAGGGUCUAAACCCGAGUUUAAAAUAUAAAUAUAUUUUUAUUGCUGGUUUGCAGAGUGACGGCAUUGGCUUCAGAGCAUGCUAUAUUUUCUAGAAUGGAGCGAGUCGCAUAAGCUCAAGUUUUUUUUUUUGUUUUUUUUUUUGUUUUUUUUUGAGGGUGUGGGUACUAUUGUAAAAUGAUCAUCCCGAUAAAUAUUUUUUUAAUAUUCGGUCCUUCCCAUUCGAGUUCCCCCUGGGGCAUUGAGGAACCAGACGGACAUGUUUUAAUGUGUAUAAAGUGUAAAAUAAUAAUUACUGUUCUCACUGUGCACACUGUACAGGGCCUUGUUUUCAUCAUAUUAAAUGUAAAAAAAAGAAAAUUAAAAAAAUAAGAAAC